AUGCGUUCAUUUAGGAGGAACCCUAAACGGAAUGAUAACGAUGAUUACCACCCGACGUUAGAUCAAAAGCGGUCCUUCGAAGCGCUUCCUCAUAUAAAUACCACUUCCCAUGCAUCUUCAAACACGCCGAUUUCCUCGCCAAUCAUGUAUCUGAAUACCCAAUUUACUCCACCUCAAUCCCAUAAUAAUAGUCAGCAUGUUUCUUCACCAUCAUCCUCGACGAACCUCUCGUCUCCCAAGAAGUUGCUUACCCCUAUAAGGAACUUAUUCCAUUCAUCAAGCAAUUCGAAAUCCAACGGGAAUAUUGCAGCAACGAACGAAAACUUGCACAACGUAUUGUUCAAUUCUCCAGCGACCACUUUCCUGGCCCUGACUGCUGUAGUCAAUACGCCGACUUCAAGGCAGUCAAAGGGCCUUCGUGGACAUAAGAAGGGUAACAAUUCUAUUGGCUCUCUACAGCCUCUAGACCUAGAGCCGGCACCUAAGCCAUCUUUCACGCACUCUCAGUCUCAAUUGAGUCUUCACGAAUACAAUAAAAAAGGCUUCAGUCACUCCAUUGGUGUCAUAUACUCACCUUCUACUACUUCCUCCUCUACAGGGAUGAAGUUGAAUGAUAAUAAUAAUGAGACUGCCUUCCUACAUCAACUGAAGCUCCUUCCACCACCGAUGAAACCUUACAUCUCGACGAAGAAACCUAUGAAUCCAGUAGCAACAGCUUCACAGUCUUCUCUAGUUUCACAGUCAGCAUCAUUUCACUCUUCUGCAUCUGCAUCGAUAUCUUCUCCCAUAACGUACACGCAGCCAUCAUCUGAGACUUCCAACACUCAGACCCAUUUAAAUACGAAUUAUCCGAACACGCCCUCUAGCUUGAAACCCCCCAUUCACUUGAGCACAAAAGGUGCAAAUCAUAGUGACGAUGAUAACCUCGAAGAGCUGCAGAGCAGAGAAAGAAGUUUCAACGAUUCAGAUAUAUCGUUGGCUCCGAGUGAAUCGCAUUUUCAAACUAGCACAACAAGGAAAGUAUCAUUUAAGAAGAAACCAGAGAUAUUCAAAAGUAACUCCACCGAAUCCGUAGAUAGUAUAUCAGAAUCUGAAUCAAAUUCAGAUAGUUCAUCUCAAUUUUCUUUUGUGAAGGAUAUGAGAGGAGGAAGGAAUACAUCUGUGAAAUAUUAUAAGAACACCAGGCCACAGCCCAAUCAGAAGUUGGUGCCAACAUUCAAUCAGAAUGAUUUAAAUUAUGAAGUGGAUGACUAUUCGGAUUACGAUUUUGAAAAUAAUGGGAUGGAUGAGGACUAUGGAGAUGAUGAGGAUGACGACGAAGAGGUGGGAUACAACAACGCAUUCGACGACGAUGAUGAGGAUGAAUACUCCUCCUAUAAUAAAUCAUACAAUGACAUUGAAGACCAAUCGAAAACGCAAAAUAACAUUGAGGCUCCUCCUAAAAGUGAAUUACUACCAAUUGGUCAUGAUCAUGACCAAUUAUUGGACGUAGGCUUUGAACUUUAUAAGAAAGGUAGUGAAAGAGAAUCAAAUAAGUCAAAAGUUUUCGAAUUGGAUGAUUUUGAUAUGGAAUUUAACCAGAAUGAAAGUAAUAAAGAUUAUUUAUCUUUGCAAAGGUCCCUUCCAACCGUCCAGAUUGAAAAUUUGAGCCUAGAUCCUUCGAGCAGUAAUAAAGAUCAAUUCAACAAUUCAUUUCACUUUCAUACAGGGUCUCAUGAACUGUUUCCAGCUUCUGAUGACAAUGCAAAUGAUAUACUUGAGAGUUAUCUUGAUACCAGUAACCUGCCUUAUGGAAGCAAAAAUGGCUCAGGCUUUAAUUCAAAUAAUUCUAGUCGCUCGCCCGAGGAAAAAGUCCAAGACGGCAAAUUUCCGGACGAUGUCACCAAGCCAGAAAUUGAACCUGAAAGCGAUAACAAUUUAAAGUUGUUUGAAAUUAAUUCCCCAUUAAUAAAUGGAGUGACAAUUGGGAAUAAUUUGAGACAUAGAUCAGGGAGAUCGGAAAACUAUGAAGGAGAUCCAAAGCGUCUGCGCUCACUUAGGGAUGAUCAAAGCGGAAGUCCUCAAAACUCGUUUAUUCACAGAGAAGUAAACAAGUAUGUAGACGGGAACGGGCUCUCAGAGAAAGAGAUAUAUCAAAAUAGAGUAUACAAAAGUUUCCAUGGAUCCAUCAGUGAUGAAUUUGGUUCUACAUUUGAUAAUAACAUACUUAACAAAAAGGACCUUGAUAAUAUAAGUAAGACUGAAGUAAAGGAGGAUUUGGAUACAAAGCCGGAAAGUCGUGAUUUACAUGAUCAGUUAGGUCUUGGAAUUCUCACUCGAGCUGAACCUAAUGAGAAUGAUGUGCCUAUAAAUUCAGAAAGAAAGGAGAAGGUUAGAAAGUCGGUGAACGACAUGAUGGAUAUCUUGCAGCAAUUUGGCGAUCCUGAAGAGAAUCUAACCACUAUCAAUAAAACCUCGAAGGGAGAUUCUCAACAAACAAAGAGAGACUCCAUUUUAAACCUUAUGUCCAUUCUAGAAAAGGUCGAGGAAGAAGCUCCUUCAAAGACUAAAGAAAAGCAAAGAAAUUCAAUAUUAGGUGUGAUGAAUCUAUUGGAAAGUUUGGAAGAAGGGUUAUCGCAAGAGAGGGCCCAAACUAUAUCUACCAUUCUGAAACAAAUUGAGAAUGCUGGAAAAGGAGAGGACCGAAACAAUGGCGACAGAAAGGAAAUGUCCAAAAAGGAUAAGUUUAAUAAUCCUAAUAGAAAGUCAAUAAAUGACAUGAUGGCCACCUUAGCAAGCUUCAACAUAGAAUCUGAUGAUUUUUCAAGCAUGGAGAAAAGGCAGAGAAAUAGAAUUUCUCAGUUAGGAGAAACACUGAAUGCGGCUAAAAUAGAUUCUCUGAUCAGAAAGGUCCCGAAUGUUAGUGAGCCUAAUCAAAUUCCCAAAGGCAAGCGUUACUCUUGGUUUGGUGAUGAUGAAACUAACAAUUUCAGCAACUUGGCUACUACUAAAAUUGGGACUAAUUCGUCUGGGCUAAGGAAUGAAUUGACGGAAGAUAUUAAGGGAAUCGAUGAUUUGCGUAAUUUCGUGUUUGACGAAUCUGUCAUUGAUGAAAUUAACCAACUCCCAGAGGACUUUGAUUUCGAAGAAUAUCUGAAUCAGCAUAAUUCAGAUAAACCCGACCAGAAGAGUUCCUCAUUUUACAGAUCUAACUCUUACAACAAAAAGCCCGUCAGGGCUGGAGUGGAAAAUACCUUUCAGACCAAUAAAAUAGAAACGUUGAACAAGACAGUAACAAUAUACAGAAGUGCCAGUCCCCUGAAUAGUGACGCGAACAGAAGUCGAAGUAUUAGCAGAGCUGCUUCUGCAAGAUCUUCUACUUCAUUUAUAUCUAUUAAUGAAGGUGAAACUGAUACAGCUGAAGACUGUGACCAGCGUGAAAUUACAGCAGUCGAUAGAAUGAAAGAAUACACUCAAAAGAAACUCUUCUUUGACGAUGACUUAAAAAGUCCGACAAAGAAAUUUAUUUUUGAGAACAAAAGCUGUGAUUCAAUUCCAAGAAAUUCAUUUGCAUUAGGAACAAUCACUGAAGCAGAGAGCCCAUCAUUGAAAUGA